UAAAGAACUUCGCGCUAGUCGUGGAUUAUACCUGGUCGGUUUAACGCGUCAUAAGCGCGGAAAAAAAAAUUGAUAGCUGAAAGUUCUCAAGACGUGUUUUUCGGGCGAUUUGAGAAGUUCAGUUGAGUUCAGGGUGGUUGUUUUCGAAGAGGAGAAGUGUCUCAUAAAACAUGACGGCAUUUGGCCUCUACCAACACCAGCCCAUAUCAUGCCCGAGCAGCGUGACAGGGGAUGCUGGAAUCUUCUUCCUAACCCUCAUAAACACUCUCUUUGCGAACCAAUGUGAGUUAGGUAGUAAAGAUGAUUACCCUGUAGACGCUGGCGCUGCAUUGGUGGAUAACGACGUAUUUGAUUUCAUUAUCAUCGGAGCAGGCACAUCUGGGUCUACUGUGGCAUCGAAACUAGCCAGUAAUUCAACUAAUAAAGUUCUUUUAUUAGAAGCAGGCGGGUACCCUUCACCUACCAGCGAUAUUCCCGCAUUCCAUUUGAGUCUACAAGAGACGAUAGAGGAUUGGCAGUUCCAUACUGAAAAGUCCAACAAUUCCUGUCUGGGUUUCAAGAACGGAAGAUGCCUCAUACCUAGUGGAAGAGUCUUGGGAGGUUCGAGCACCAUCAAUUCCAUGCUGUACACAAGAGGUGGUAAGCACGUAUACAAUGCUUGGUUGGAAGAAGGCAAUAUCGGGUGGGCAUAUCAAGAUGUCUCUCCGUAUUUCAAGAAAUCUGAGAAAUUGGAAGCGCAUGAACUCCUAACAGCCAAACUGUAUGGUACUGAAGGUCUCCUUCCUCUCACCAGAAAUAGACUUCAUCAACCUAUUAGGAACACAAUUUUGGAUUCCGCGAAGGAGCUAGGUUAUAAAGUAUACAACCACGAAACCCAAAUCGGAUUUUUCGAGGCUUUGCAAACGAUCAAAAAAGGCGUACGACAGAAUGCCGCCAAAGUUUUCCUGGGAGAAUACAAAUCUCUGCCGAAUCUCAAAGUAGCAACCGAGGCCCUUGUGGAGAAAAUCAUCAUCGAUAAGGAUCUGAAGGAAGCUAACGGUGUCAAAGUGAACAUCGGAGACAGAACUAUAAGUUUAUAUGCGGAAAAAGAAGUUAUUGUUUCUGCUGGUGCCAUUAACUCCCCAAAACUCUUGAUGUUAAGUGGCAUAGGACCCAGGGAACACCUGGGGUCACUUGGAAUUGAUACUAUCCAUGAUAUCAAGGUUGGAAACAACUUGAAAGACCACUUUAUGUACCCUAUAUUCGCUGUGAAAGUAAACGAAUCCGCUAUGAAAUACCUAUCACUCAAUCCCACUGAGGAACUCUAUAGAUAUUUUGCUAAUAGAGAAGGAAUAUUAUCAACCACAGGUUUGAAUAAUUUGAUUGGUCUUGUGAGUACCAAGAAUCACUCAAUGGACCCCAAUAUCAAACUUGGAUACACCAUUAUUCCACGUCAAGAUGCCUUCAUUCUUACGCAGUACAAAAGAAUAUUCAAUUUGGAGGAAGCCACAUUCAAAUCUUUGGCAGAUGCAAAUAAGAAUUCACAUCUUCUCUUAGUCCAUAUAACCCUUCUCGAUGCUAAAUCUAGAGGACAAGUCAUGCUAAAGACUAAGAGUCCCCAUGACAAACCCAUAGUAGAUCCUGGGUACCUUUCCGAAGAAGUAGACGUAGAGGUACUACUCCAAGGCAUAAGAAUAGUUGAAAAACAAAUCGAAACAACGUCUUUCAGGAAAUUAUCAGCAAAACAGGUUCACGUGGAUAUUCCCAACUGUAGGAAACAUAAAUUCAAGACUGACGAUUACUGGAAAUGUGCCAUAAGGAAUGUUGGUACCACCGGAUAUCACUUGGUUGGUACUUGCAAGAUGGGUUUGUCUAUAGACCCUCAUUCUGUAGUCGACCCACUUCUAAAGGUUCAUGGCGUCGGUAAAUUGAGGGUUGUAGAUACUAGUGUAAUUCCAACGAACACCUAUGGUGAACUUGCUGCUGCAGCUAUGAUGGUUGGUCAAAAGGGAGCACAGUUGAUUAUGAAUGGGUUCGAUGCUAUCAAACACUUCAGGUUCUGAAUGGUCCUUGUUGCUUGAUUAUUUGCUCAAUAUUUAAGACGAUAAUAGCCUUUUUUAUAAUGUAGUUUUGUUGAAUAAAUUAUUCACUAAAAAUUGAA